AUGCAGUUGUGGCCGUCGUACAGCUCAGUUGCAAUUGUUGCCGUAACAGUUUCUGCGCUUUUACCAGUGCUGUUCGCAGCACAUUACUCACAGUUUUCAAUGAGGAAACUGGACUACGAUCCGUGUUAUCAGAAUGGGCGUCCGAUACACUGUAUUCCAGAUUUUAUUAAUGCUGCAUUUGGUAAACCAGUAGUAGCGUCUAGUACCUGCGGUCAAUUUGGGCCAACAAGGUAG